UUAGCGGGACAAAAACUAAACUGAAUUCCACCACUUCCCAUUUUUAAACCCCCCAACCUUUCCCUUUCUCGUAAACAAGGUGAAGAACCCUCGAUUCCGUCGACUCUGAAUUCAGCCUUUCAAGGGGAACAUCUUCUUCCACGGUACUGUGGUCGUCUUCAAACAGCGGUAUUGAAAGAAAAUGGAGGACAAGGGCAAAGGAAGCGAAAGAUGGAACGGAGCCAUAGGCAAUCUGACAGAAAUGGCUUUCAAUUUGGAGUCACUUCAGAAGCUGCUCCUUAAAAAGGCCGUCUUUGUUGAAGAGGAGACCUUCGCUAAAGCUUCACUUUGUUCCGAACAAGCUCGAACCAUCAAGGUUCUUGAACAAAGGGUAGAAACUUUGGAAAGAGAACUUGAUGCUGCCAUUACAGCUGCUGCUCGUGCUCGUGCAGAAAAACGACAGGCCGAGGCAGCAGAAAAGGCAGCUGAAUUGCAUGCGCAGGAAGUUACAAAAGAGCUCGAGAACACCUCAAAGGUCUUUGAGCUGCACAUGGAAGAGUUGCGUGCCAAGCAAGAAGAAAUCGCCAAGCGCGACAAGGAAAUCAAACUUUUGGAAGCUAUAAUUCAGACGCUUGGGGGAAAAGAAUCGUCCUCGCAUUGAAAAAAAAAAGGCGUGAAAAUCUGUUGUGAAUUUUUUGUAUCAAGUUGGGUCUUUCCUUUUUUGUGUAAAUUUACAUAGGAACAGUUCAAUAUAUGCACUCUUAAACAUGAUAAAGUGCUUUAUGUGUAUGAAAGCAAAACAUGAUAGUGUAAUGAAUGGAUUCAUAAUACGUUGAAGUUUUAAGCCA